AUGGCUACCUUCUUUGGGUCUCCACCAUUUCUUUUUCAUCCAAUCACAAGAACCACUCAUUACUUCUCUUCAUCCUCUCAAACACCUCAGCCACCACCCUCAGCACCUUCACAACCACAACCCCCAUCACCGCCUCAGCCACUAACCACCACUUCUGCUGACCCCCCACCAGCAGCAGCAGUAUCAGUCCAAGUGGAGCAGCAGAGACCCAGUAGGACUACCAGUUCAAAAACAGUUGAUUCCACAGAUUGGAUAGCUUCAAGCUUGACCAGGAGGUUUGGCCUUGGUGCUGGGCUGGCAUGGGCUGGCUUUUUGGCCUUUGGUGUACUUUCUGAACAAAUCAAGACUCGACUUGAAGUCUCUCAACAAGAAGCAAAUACAAGGUAUAUGAUCUGAGUUGUAACCUAUGUCGUACGACUUCAGAAACACGAGUAAUCUUUAUAGGUGGAAUACUAAGUGCAUAGUUUCAUGAGAACCUUUGUUUUUUUAUCUUUAUUGGCUCUGCCUUUUCAAAUCGGAUUCUCGGAUUUGAUUUCGGGACUAAAGGAACGAAGUUUACAAUUCUUGUGGUUCACUAUAUAAGUGUUUAGGGUUUAGUUAUGAUGGUGUUAACACACUUUUACAAAAGAUGGAUUGAG